AUGUCUUCAGGUCUCAGUUAUUUCUCAAGAGCAUCCGGGAGCAGCGGCUCCUGCACACAUUCCAUCAGCAGUGAUGAUUCGUGGUCUCGCCACAGUGGCAUCAUGCCCCAACAACCGUCCGUAUACGGGACUUCGGGCGAGGCGCCCGUGAUCUAUCAUCCAAGCGCUAGAAGGUUCUCCCCUCCGCAUAUUGAGCGUGGACCCAUAGAUACUCAGGCUCCUGUCAAGCCCAACAAACCAGUUUCGUCGGAAUUUGCUAUGCCAUACAGCGGACUUCCAGUGACCUCACAUGCACUGGGAACCAUUCCCGUGUCUGCAGGAGGUGCCUUGCCACGCCCCACAGCUCUUUACCCAGAGUGGGACCACCCUGCUCGCCUCCCAGCGGAGUCACUUAGGCGUGAUUACGACCUAGUCAGACCCUACGAAACUUCGGAGUACCUGAUUGAAAGAAACAGUCGACGCGCAACGGAGAAGCCUAAAGGCGCUACCCGGUAUCACUCGCAGAGACGGCCGUCUAAUCGUGACGAGUUCGACGGACCCCAUCAGUUGCUAGACCCACCGUCACCGCGGGUCAUAGCAGCCCAAGGGAGGGAUUUGCCUCAUCUACCUACUAAUCUAGAUGUCUCAGAGCAAGAUCAAAUCCUGUCGUCAGUAAACGACCGACUGUCACAGUGUGCCUUUGACUUUGUUGCAAAGUAUCAAUUUCCGAUUCCACUGGAACCGGACAAGAGACCGGUGAGAGUUCCUUCUGACCGCGAGUGGACCGAGUGGGUAUAUCUCCUAAAGAGACUGGCGACCAAGCGUCGUAUCCCAGCCCGGGUGUUGUAUAAUGGCCAGAUCAAGCAAUUAGUGACCGUUCUGGAGAAUUCCCUGGAGAUGAGACAUGCCGCCAAGCAUCAAUCCCGGCCCAUCAAGGAUGAUCGGAAUGUUCUUCAGCUUAUCUCAGCUGGCACGCAGGUGGCCAAGAUUCUCAAGGAUGCCAAUGCCAUGGAAUUCCUUGACCGCCUCUAUCUUGAUACAGAAAAACGCAUCCAUGAUCGACGCAGCCGUCGCGUCAAAUUUGCCAGCCCAUGA